GUUUCAGAGAUGUGAUGAUGACCUCAGUUGUAGAAGAGAAUCAUAGGAUAGAUGAAGAAAAAAAGACAAACUCUCUAGAUCUCCCUACUUCACUCGAUGAUAGUGAUGAUCCUUUCCUACGCUGUCUUGAAGCUGCCCAGGCCCGCAUCAAGGUAGCACCCCCGGAACCUCCGAAAGCCAAGGUUGGUUUUGGACUGCUGCCAUACUUGAGGCAGAAGAAGCUGCAUGCAGGCUUAAUCCCCCAGCCAGAUGAUUUCACAUUGGAAUGCCUCAGAAAUACUCCAGAGGGCCGUGGCAAACCCCCUUUGAGGCCGCCUUUGCCCAUUCCUUUGGAAGAAAAUGAGAAGAAGACUGAAAACGGUGUCGUAGACGAGGACUUCUCGGAAUUAAACAAAAGUGAUGGAGACGAUGUGGCGAAAGCGAAAUGCAGCAAGCAGUUCUCGGUGCUUGAACCAAAAGGAAAAUUAUCAGACCCUGACUUGCGUGCGCACAUCGCUAAGCAAUCCAGCUUAUUCGCAGCCAAGUGUAGAGAACGGAAAUGGAUCAUUGAAGAAAGGCCACUGUACGAGGUUUCUGAGGAAGAUCUGGAAGCGAAAAUGGAGAAACAAGUCGAGAGACUUGAGGAAUUGCAAUCUUUUGCCUUUCAACACAAAGGAACUUUGCAAGAUUUUGCUCGAGCAGUGUUUGAUAGGCGUCCUUUUUUGGACCUAGAUUGGGAAAAUGUCGUCGACUCUUGCCUAAAUACGUAUGCUACUUAUCGGAUGGAUUCCAAAGAGACGAUCUCAAGAAAGGUCUACAAUAGCUAUGUAAAUAGUCUUCGCGAGAAGUUGAAAUCCAGACCCGAGUAUACACCUCCUCCUGUCAUCAUACCUACUGAAAGCGCUAGUUGCGCAAAGGAUGCCGAGAUCGUAGAGGAUAAUGUUCCAAGAUCUCCUGAUCCUGAGCCUGCUACCCCUCUCAAGGAGCCACCUGUGAAAAAGCUUCAAACCCCUAAACCUCUAUUCACAUCGACCCCAGUUGCACCGGCACAUCCUCCGCCUCCCCGAAGGACCAUCGUACCUCCCCCACUACCUCACCGAAAACCUGUGGAGUGCAAGUCCUCUUCCACCUCAAAAGCUCCCUCGCAUGAUUUGGUGUCUGGCAUCAUCAGCUCUAUGGAUGAAUUCUCCGCCAGGAAUCCACCAAAGAUUCCCGAUAUAGAAGAAGAUGAGGAGGAGCAGCUUUUUGCCAUAAGGACCGAAGUGCCUCUCGGGAAGUUUUGCGAGGAGGAUUUACUUCGAAAUGGCCCAUCCGCAAAGCGAUUUUGCUAUGAUGGUACUCCAACUCCAGAUCCAACGGCUAGUGAGCAUUCUCCUUCGUCUCCUAUCGGCACUGCGUCUACCGUAUUUGUCGGUGUGACUAAUGUAGCUGUGACUGAUGUUGCUGAGGAUAGGCCACCUGUCUAUGCAUCUUCAUCGUCAACGCCUUCCGCGUCGUCUGAAGAACAGCUCAAGCCUGUCGCAGAUUACCACAGAACUCCAAAACAAGUUUCCUUCAGUGAGCAAGUUUUAUAUCAAGAAGAAGAGCCUCCAGCGAAUAUACCCAAUCGCGUGGAGCCAGCGACAAAACUCGAGAAUCAAACUGGACCUAGCAGGAUUCCUACGGGUAUACUGAAAAGAAAUGUAAAUUACCCUGGAGCUGAUCCCUAUAAAUACUGUGCUGAGAAGUACGGUAGAGGUCCCUUUCCAGCUCCUAAGAUCAAACUACAUGUUUCGGACCGCCACAUCGAGGAUCCCUACGUUUCCUUUCCCUCCCAGAAGGAUGUUACACAAUCUUCCAGAGGUCCGCAUUCGGAGGAGGAAUUCCGUUCGACCUUCUAUUCUCUCCACGAGUAUGUCGCUAGCCGCAACGCGAAUUCUGAUUUCAAGAAGCUUGGCCCUACUUUUGUUGAGUGGAAAUUAAUUCCGCUUGCUCGACCAAAGAAACAGCCUCUCAAAGCAUUCCCGCUAGGAGCCUGUCCGCGUGAUCCCCGCUUGGCUGAAAUCGUUCCCAGAGAGGUGGUAGAGGCUGCGAAUAGAGCCGCUGAAGGAGGAAGCGAAGAAGAGUACAUGGCGCGAACAAAAGCCGUACUUUCCAAAAAGUACCGGAAAAACCCCAUCAGAUGCUUUGAGGAUAAGGGUGUUUCAAAUUUGUGCAUUCUGCUGGAGCUUAGACCCUACUGUCGUCGCCCUUCGUACCCGCCGAACAGAUGGAAGCUUACGGCUGAGGAGCAAGGGAGAUGGAAUAAACAGAAGGAGAGAUCAGUGGAGGAGCUGGAGUGGAUAGAAAGAAGAGUGCUUCCCAAGUGGGGUACUGCCAAUCCAAAACAGUUGAUCUACCCAUUCGGGAAGACGGAAGGAUUGUAUUGGCCGAUAGUGCAACCGUAUGAUGCCAUCAAUCUUGCAAACGAGAAGCACGUCAACUGUGCGGAUACCAAAAAUCAGCUCGUCUGCUUGACCGAAUAUAGCUUCGCCCUGAAGCAACCGCUUUUGUGCGGUCGUGAUGACGGCUAUCACUAUCAGAGGUACAUGAGAGCAGUCCAGGCUGAAGAGACCCGUACGCAGCUCCCUGGCCGCUUUCGAAACCGCAUUGGUUUCGUGCGCGUUUUCUCUGAACAAACAAUGGAAGACGCUCGCGAAAAAGACCAAGCGCUUCAGGAAAAAGAACACGCGUGGAACAAAAGACUUUCAGAAGAAGCAGAUGGCAUCAAUUUUCUCCUUGCUGAAAACGAUAGCAUGUUACAGAGAGCUUAUGAACCGAAAUUUAUAUGGAUCAAGGAUCAUGUGGAUUUCAACAUAACGGAUUUCUAUUCGCCAAAGUCUGAAUUGAUUUUUGGCGGUUCAAACCUACGAAUUCCAUCGAGAGGAACAAGAGGACCCCUCAAAGUGCCCAGAAACUGGAUCGAGGUGCCGUUAGAACAGUACAUGUCAUCAAUCCAGCGAAAGGAUUAUCUUGUAGAGUACACUAAUUUCCGCAACCGACUGGCGCAUGAAUUCAGGCCUAGGGUAAAGCCGACCUUUGAUGCUUAUGACGAUUUGGUGCAGUAUCAUCUAAGGGCCAUUGAAGCGAUAUUCGUACAUCAAGUGAGUGCCCCACUAUUAUUCAAGACGGGGCUCAAAGGUGUUUGCCCCACUUCUUUCCUUAAUGAGCGAAUUCUGCAAAAGGCGAGGCAGCGCAACCGCGAGUUAGCAACAGAGAUGAAAUCGGAUAAAAUCUCUCUGAAGCGUCUCAAGGAGUUGUGCGAACUCCAGGAUUGGGAAUUGGAAUAUUGGACAAUAAUCUGGGAUAAUUUGGCCAAUAUGUACAAAGAUGCUCCGCCGAUAUCUCAGCUCAAGCUCGACAACUACAUAAACAAAGCAUUUGAAAAUUCUGUAAAUAUAAAUCAGCGUGGUGCUUAUUUUAACAGGUUUUGGGAGAUCGUCGAACACAAUCAGAUCUCGUAAACUACGGUGUAUUUUCGUUAUAUCAUCGGUGCUCUCAUUUCGUGCCUUACCCCUUUCCGCUUUAACAUUGCCAUAAUAAUAACAUUGUUACAGGUGUACAGAAGUGCUUUAAUA